GAAAUCACUCAUUUUUCUUUCGCUCCUCGCGUUGCUCAAACGGAGCGGGAGGCCAGCGCCCUUGCACAAACUUGGUAAAAAUGAACUCGGCGACUCCCCUGUUGUCCACCAAUCGAUGGUCAACGUCUUACACCAAGUUUCCUCCUCUGGUUCUCAGAAAUGACAGGAGGCGCAGAGGCACGAAGACAAGCUUGCGAACCAAGAUACAAAUUCCCCUGCUGUGCUACGCGCGUUUGAUGGUGACGAUGGCAUACUUCUCUAUCUUCCCAUACGUAGCCCAGAUGGUACAGUACAAUGGCAGUCCACGCGAGACUGAUAUCGGCUUACACGCAGGUUUCUUUGAAUCACUCUUCUUGGGGGGACAAGCCUUGACAUCGAUAUUCUGGGGCACCUUGGCAGAUAGGUUUGGUGCCAAGACCAUGCUUAUAUGCAUCCUUCUUGGCACGACUAUCGGUUCGUUGCUCUUCGGAUUUACUUCGUCGCUCUGGCAGAUGGCGCUUUGUCGAUGCUUCAUGGGAAUUGUAUCAGGCGGCGACGUCGUCAUCAGCGCCAUAAUCGGAAAACGAUGUCAGACGGGAACAGAGGCUACUCGCGGAUUCAGCUUGUCUUCCUUUGCUGGAAAUAUUGGAAUGGCCUUUGGACUUCUGAUUGAUCACGCUCUUAUCAACCAUGUGAGCCAAUACUCGACCAUCCUCAAAACUGUCAGUUUGUUUGAGCAACAUCCGUUUUGUCUUCCUGGAAUCGCGAUGUGUGUCAUGAGUGCAACUUGCGCCAUUGUAGUUACACUCUUCGUGGAGGAUGUCGAAGAAAAGGCCAACGGAGUCGCGAACGACCCUUCCUCUACGAGCUCUCUGCUACCAGCCUGGACAUUCCUCCGUGAGCUGGUCAGGUCCCGUGGUGUCAGUAACACACUUUCGUCGUUUGUUCAUAUCAGCUUGUUUGGAUCUGCCUUCACGGCUGUGGCAGCUCUCGCGCUCUACACAGAUAUUAGACAAGGCGGCCUGGAAUUCCCGGGUCACGAAAUCACGCUGUACAUGGUCUUUCAGGGCGCUGCCGCGGCGUGCUGGCUGUUCUUGAUAUACCCAGCGUUGUACCGACUUUUUGGUACACAGAACAUUAUCUCAUCAGGCCCAGUUCCUUUUCCUUUCUUCCUUUUGAGUUUCAUCAUCAUGAACGCAUUUCUUUGCCCUAGUAGCGAAGCUGGUUUCUUCAUCUUUCGGGUCGUCUUGGGCGUGAUGACAUUCAUGGGGCCUGGCAUCUAUAUGAUAGUUACGGCAGUCCACGUUGGCUUGCAAGAAGUAUCGCCCAGUCCUCGAAAGCUUUGCUUGCUCAAUGGAGUCGCAGAAGCGGCUUCGUGUCUUGUACGAGUGAUAGUCUUAGCGAUAGGCAUUGUGAUUCAUACCUUUUGUAAUUAUCAGAGUAUGCCGGGAGGGUACCUCAACUGGGUUAUCUCAUUACUGAUUGGGUUGUCUUUGGCUGUAUUGAUAUGUCCUCCUCGGAUGCGACUCAUCCGAGGUUAA